ACUAUCCAUCCGGUCAGAGCUGUUCGUUGUUCUCAUAUCCUUCCGUUUCGCCUCAUCUGCGCGUCCUUCUCUUCAUAGUCUUCGACCUCACGGCACGAUCGAGCAUUUCAAUCGGUGGGAGCUUUGGUGUGGAGUUCAGUCUGAAGUCAAGAGUUUGGGGAGCCCGCGCUUGCGUUGCUGUGCUGUGCGGUGAGGGCGGUGUUCUGAUCUCUGACAUCGUCUUUUCCUCUCGGAAACCAGCUUGGAGAUUUCGAGGUUGUAGGCCUGUCUUGCUGUGUCUGCCUGCUGCCUGUGUUUCUGGUGGUGGUGGGAGCGUAGGUGCCAAGAUGUCACGGGAGAACAAGGUGAAGCUGAAGUCCUCCGAUGAUGAGAUGUUCGAGGUCGAUGAGACUGUGGCUUAUGAGUCGCAGACUGUCAAAAACAUGAUUGAGGACACUGGUACGGACAAUCCCAUUCCUCUGCCUAACGUAUCGAGUAAGAUCCUUGCCAAGGUAAUCGAGUAUUGUCGAUAUCAUGUGGAGUCUCAGAAGAUCUCGGACGAGAAGCCGGCCGUCCCUGAAGAUGAGAUUAAGCAGUGGGAUGCUGAGUUUGUGAAGGUGGAUCAGGCCACUCUCUUCGAUCUCAUCUUGGCUGCAAAUUACUUGAAUAUCAAAAACCUCCUGGAUUUGACAUGUCAAACAGUGGCCGAUAUGAUCAAGGGUAAGACUCCAGAAGAAAUCCGGAAGACGUUCAACAUAAAGAACGACUUCACGCCAGAGGAGGAAGAAGAGGUUAGAAGGGAGAAUCAAUGGGCCUUCGAGUAACUUCGUGCUCACAGCGGCGGUAGAUCUCCGUUCUGACUAGACUUUAUGGAGCCUCUCCCUUGUGACACAACUCCAUAAGACAUAGUAUUAAGUGAUCUGAAUGCCGCCAGAAGUUUUCAGUGGUUUUCAUGUAAACCUCUUCGCAUCUGAAACAUGGCGGAGCAGAAACAAAUUCACUGCGCGAGGAUACUUUCGUUGUGUCCGAGUGUUCUUUCCGUCGUGUUGAUCUCUUGUUAUGGUUGACGUUGCACAUUCUAGCCGUAGUCAGUUAUGUACAGUCUACACACCCGGCCUAUGCCUCCAUCGUGGAAUCGGGGACAAUCUAAACUAGGACAUGGGCGUUUUCUCUCAUGAUGGUUGCACUCUUUCGCGCUGUCCUUUAUUACAGUCAUUGACAUGAAAGGAAGAUUUUGACGUGCUAGCACUUGCCGUGUUAGAGUGAUCGAGGGCUAGGGCGAUAACAGCUGAAGAAGUUGUCCCAAUAGUGUAGCCAUGCUCCUCUUUGUAAGGUUGACUUUUCUCCUUCUAUAAUACAGUAGAUGAUCUUUUGUUGGAAGUGUUUG